UAAUAUCAUCCAUUACCAUGAAGAAGACUUGGUCUCUACUGGCUUUUCUUACUCUCACACUGUUGUUAUCAGCUUGGUCUGCUAAGUCCAACCCAGAAGUUCAUUCUUUGCCAUUAAGCAGGACUUCAUCUUCUCAGGCACAUAAGAGGAAUCCCGUGAAGCAGUUGGACUCAUCUUUCAGAAGAAUACCUCCAAGCACCCCUAAUCCUACACAGAACCAGUUCAAUCCUCCCACAGAUGGGUGAGGGGACAGAAAUUCCUUUUCAUUUCUUUCAUGUCUGUGUAACAGAAGAGCUGUCGAGUAGUACACUGGUGUUUCAAUUCCAGCAUCUGCCCACGGUUAAGUGUGCUGCAAUUUUGAUUGGAUUUACAGUUUUGCUGACAUAGCUUGUUA